AUGAAGGCAUUCAGAAUGAAGCUAAAAUUGUUUUCUCGCCAGCUAAGUCAGAAUAUCACAACACACUUUCCAACACUUGAAACUAUAGCACCCCAGAUGAUGACAACUGAGAAGUACACCAAUAUGAUAUCUGCACUAGACAACGAAUUUAGUCGUCGUUUUGCAGACUUUCAGAAACUCUCUGCUGAGUUUGAUAUCUUGUCUUCACCCUUUACAACUGACUUUGAAAAAGUGCCAGAUGCUCUACAGCUGGAGUUGAUUGAUCUGCAGUGUGACGCCACUCUGAAAGAGAAAUUCCAAUCUAAAAGUAUUGACCAAUUUUAUGCGUCACUACGUAAAUCCAAGUUUGCCAACUUGAGAAAGAUGGCCAUGAAAUACUUGUUCUGUUCGGGUCUACAUACAUUUGCGAGCAAACAUUUUCGACAAAGAACAUUAACAAAACAAGCUGCAUUCCAAUUUAACUGA